AUGAAGUACACAGCUCUUCUCGCCCUGCCCCUGCUGGCCGCCGCCGCCCCAGCCAGCGAGCGCAGCACCAACCCCAACUUCAGCGUGAUGUCCGUCCGCUCCGCCUCCCCAAUCCACUACCUGCAGAUGAACGCCGCCGGUCAGAAAUUCUACCUCGGCGGCGAAACUGCCUCCUACUGCCCCACCCAAGUCACCCACUGCCCCCCCGGCAACGAAACCGUCUUCACCCCCGGCGGUGGCUCCCUGGACGUCAACGUUCCCGGUGGCCAACAAGUCUACAUUGACCCCCACGGCGCCCUGAGCUUCACUCAGGCCCACUCCGCCAACAUCCCUGCUGGUUCCGCCGUCGGCCCGUUCAAGUAUAGCCCCGAUGAGCCUUGGGCUCAUUACUCGUUCAACGGAUGGGGCGCGAGUGGGUUCAUGGCUUGCCCGACUGAUGACCAGCGCUGGCAGGUCUUUGCGGCUAUCAACAAUGCCACGGUUCCUAAGGGUGAUGUUGAUGAGUGUCUUGGCUUCUCCGCUUUGGCUAUUGAUUAUGAUGGAGAUGUUCCUGCUUGGCAGUACAUUUAG